AUAUACAUAUUUACAUACAUAUGUUGUCAAAUAUGUGCAUAAAUAUACAACUAAUAAAAGUGGAAACGACAGAAUUGCUAUCAAACAUAAUUUUGUAAAUGGGCAGUAAUGGAAUAUUUAAUAAUAAUAAUAAAUCUACUUCUUUCGAUGAAAAGUGCAAAAGUCUGAAAUCAAAUAAAGGGCCGUAGUACCGCAUUUGUGUUUAAAUUUCAUUAUAAUAAUGGCAAAAUGCUUUCGAAUUUUUAAUUUCUAAUGAAGAGAUCAAAUAAUUGUGAGACAAGUUAAACACUAAAAUUCGCUGCAAUACCAAGUAUAUAUGUACAUAUGUAUAAACAUAAUCCGAAUUCAGUUUAAAAUCAAUUAUCUUAUAAGCAGAAAUAACUCUUUCCUCCCGCCCCCUCGGCAUAACCGCUGGAUUGAGUAGUGGAAGAGUAUGGAGACUCGCUUACCGAUUACCGCGCUGACAUUGUUUGACACUAUUUUUUUAGACAAGAAGCAUAUUCCAUUCACUUACAUAAAUAUAUGUAAGCCUUACCACUAUAAAAAAUCUUCGAAAGAUCGGAAUUAGAAAAUUUAUGUACAUAUCGGCAAAUAUUUUUACUUUAUUUGUAUACUAAUGAUAUACAUAUAUGUACAUACAAACAACAAAUUCACCAAUUAAGACAUAUUUAUUUAUGAAUGUACUCGCUCGCAUGGGAAUGCUGUUUGUCCACAGCUGCUGUCACACGUAUAACUAUACAUAUAUAUAUAUAUAUAUAUAUAUAUAUGCAUACAUAUAUACAUAUAUAUAUUUAUUAUGUAUGCUUGAAUGUACCCAUAUGUACACUUCAGCAUUUUAUCAAAGGUUAAAAUCUUGUUUAAAGGCCAGCUAAUCGGGAGGGCAGAUUUUUGGCUAAUACUCGCCAGCAUCUAUCUAUUCAGUGUUGUUGUUGCCCGCUACCGCUACCGUAGGUGUAGGUUGCUGUAGUUGUUCACGUUACGAGUAUGUUUUUUUUUUUUUUGACCGUUUGGUUUUUAUCGUUGAGGCAAAGAGGUUGUGCAACGGCGUUCGAAAUGGUCUAGUCAUAAAUUAUUGCUUUAAAUGAAUUUAAAACUGUCAGCAGUGACGUUUACAUUUAGCGAUUAAGUUGGUUGCCCGCCAGGAAGAACCGACGUGAGAAUUGAGUUGACCGUUUGCUGGCUUAAGGAAAGAUACAAACGCAUAUUCACACGUUACGAAUUUGUUUUCAUAAGUAUGUAUAUAAACAAGGACAGGUCCAGCAACGACGUCUUAAUGUGUUCUAAGUAAUCAAACGAAACGAAAAUAAGCGAAAUCCCAACAAGUGUUUCCUACUGUGAGAUAGCGGCUCACUUCAUAGUGUUCAAAUAUAUUACAGAGUCGAAUAAAAACCUCAAAAAAAAGAACAUAAACAAAUUAUACCACCAAUCCUUUAAUGGUUGAAGUGCGUGGAUGAGUUCCGUCGAGUUUUGGUUUUCUCAAAAAUCAGCUGUGCAAUUGGCUAAGAGUUUGUGCUGUCAUAACUUGGCAGUUUAUGUUUGUUCAUUGGUUUCCAGCACCGAGUGCAGUACUGUUAAUAUCAUUGUGGGUUCAUUGCCUCCACGGGAAUUUACACCGUUAUUAAGCAUCCUUGACAGCAAACCUUGAAAUAUUCCAAAAGACGCACAUGGGCGUCUGCACCGAAGAGCGCCCUGUGAUGCAUUGGCAGCAGAGCGCAAGAUUUCUUGGGCCAGGUGCAAGAGAAAAAAGUCCAACUCCACCUGUGGCACAUCAAGGAAGCACUCAUUGCGGCAGUGCUGCAGGUGUAAAUAACAAUCGUUUACUUUAUCGAUCCUGCUCUUCCUGUCCAGAUCUUUGUGACCACAAUACAAAGCCUUACAGCUCGACGUUUAGUGAGCCAUUUAAAAGCUAUGAGACAGCAGACCGUGCAUUAUUCAGCGAAACUGCUCUCAAAUAUGCGAUAAGCCGAGCGCGGGCUGACUGUUUAGAAGUGAGUGAGGAAACUACCUCGAGGAUAUCCUUUAAAACGGAACCAUUCGGUCCACCAAGUAGCCCGGACUCCACAAAUGAAACACAAAAUCUGCCUCGAAGCAUAGAAGAUUGCGCUGGUUGCGGUCGGUUUAUACAGGAUCGUUUCUACCUCUCUGCAGUUGAUAAACGGUGGCAUAUUAAUUGCCUGCAGUGCUACGCGUGUCGACAACCAUUAGAUCGCGAAUCAUCGUGUUAUUCACGAGACGGUAACAUUUAUUGCAAGAAUGAUUAUUACAGCUUUUUUGGGACAAGACGGUGUUCAAAGUGCCGAGCAUCGAUUAGUGCGACGGAAUUAGUAAUGAGAGCCAGAAAUCUGGUGUUUCACGUGAAUUGCUUCUGCUGUACUAUUUGCAACGCCCCACUCACUAAGGGCGAUCAAUAUGGCAUUAUAGACGCCCUCAUAUACUGCAGAACACACUAUAGUAUCGCCCGUGAAGGUGAUUCGGCGUCAACAAGACUCGGAGCGCCAUUUCCGUACUGCGCAGACUUUGGUUCACCACAAAAUGAGUCAUCCAGUCCACAUUCAGAUCCCACUCGUAUUGUUCCUAGUGGCAUUUUUGUGCCAAACUCACACGUUAUCUCAGGACUAACGCAAGCGCCGCGUCAAAAGGGCAGACCUCGGAAAAGGAAACCUAAAGACAUUGAAGCUCUUACUGCCAAUAUGGAUUUGAAUACGGAGUAUUUAGACUUCGGUCGAGGAUCGCAACUGUCUGCUUCUCGAACGAAGCGAAUGCGAACAUCAUUUAAACAUCACCAAUUGCGUACUAUGAAGUCUUACUUUAAUAUUAAUCAUAAUCCGGACGCGAAGGAUUUGAAACAGCUUUCUCAGAAAACAGGAUUGCCAAAGAGAGUUUUACAAGUAUGGUUUCAAAACGCUAGAGCAAAAUGGCGUCGCAUGAUGAUGAAGCAAGAUGGUUCCAAUAUGCUGGAGAAGGGCGAAGGGUCAUUGGACCUAGACAGCAUCUCGGCGCAUAGUCCUACUACUUUCAUGAUGGGUGGCGGUAGCGGUUCCCCUCAACAUACACUCGAGUAGCAGUGGUGUUCGCUGCAGUUAUCGCACAGCGAGCUUUGAGCUAAAAUAGAUAAUAACAUACAUACAUUUGUACAUAUAUAUUGCUGCUUUAUAAAUGUAACAGCCGUAGUUGUAGCUGUAGUUUAAAGCACUAGCUUUUCCGCAAGCGCACCAGUCCAAUGUAAAGGAGAAAUCACGGCAGGGAAUUCACCGCCUACACACGCACUCAUGCGUUUAUACACUUCCACACAAUACAAUCAUACAUAUAAUUCAUAUGUAUGUAUGUUAAAUAACAAACGCUCAUGUCAGCAUAAAUCUGCAAGUAGAUACAUAUUUACAUACAUAUGUACAUAUGUAUAUAAAUACAAUCCACGGCAAUACACAAAAUACUAUAUAACUCAUUGGAAUUGUAUUUAUUAAGUUCUGCAGCGAAUGUAUCCAGAAAUUCAAUAUCGCAUAGUCUUAUAAUUGAAUUCAAAUACGUACACGAGCAAAUUAGUUUAAACCAAUACCGGAACAUUAGUGAACAUACCCUGCUAAACAAGCUGUAAGCGUGCACUGACUAAGUGUGGUUAUUAAAAUUUUCGACCUUAAAAGAAAUAGGCAAUGUUUCGAUUUUCCGAUUAUCAGAAUCAUGCUUAAAAUUUUGAAUAUGAACGCCUCAUCGCACGCCGAAUGCCCGACAGUCUCAUUGAGGUUCACUGAUGGUCAUGUCAGCAACAGAAUUUUUUUUAAAAUAAGAUGGAUGAAGAAAAAUUCGUUAAAAAUCUUAGAAAUCGGCGGCUGUAUCUCAAUUAACCGAUUUGUCUGAUAUGAGGUUUUGGGUAAAAAUAAAACGCCGGAAUACAA